AUGGAGACCUUCACGAGCCCUCGAUACAGUCAUUCUCCCCACUCGCUUCACUGGGCAAAGGAUUUUGCUAUCCGCCAAGUGACUAGCUACCACGGCCAGGAUAACCGCCUGAAAAUCCCCACCAAUGGCUCGAUCCUUGAUGAAUUUUUCAACAGUUGCAACGUGGAAUUGUCGCCCCCGCAGCGCCACGAGCUCUUAAAGCGGUUCCUGAGCCGUGCAGGAGCGCGGUCGUUCCCUGAAGCCGCCAAGUUUGGUCCGGAAGAUAAGCGAGUGCUUGCGAUGGUCGAUGAUCGAUGUGAUCCGUGCACACAGUUUACAAACAUCCCGGAAAACACCUUCCUGCCCGUGAGACAGUGGGAGUCAGAAGAGUACAUGCGUCGCCCACCUGAGGGGCUACAUGUUCGGAUCCGAAAAGGCGUCGCAGAGCGACGAAUUGUAUACCUGGUGGACCUGACACCUCUUAUGGGAGUGGCCUUGAUCUCGAAUAUCUCGUAUAUGCAACUCCCACAGGUGCGAUCAUACUUGUCACGAUAUGUAGCAUUCGACGCCUACAUGGGAGUUUCCCAGCAAAGGGGUUUUACACUGGAAUUCCACUUGCCGCAUUAUGCCCUGCGCCCUGAUCAACCCGAGCUGCGCGACGCACGCGGACUUCGAAAGAGUCGCUCCUUUCAACUGCCAUCAUCUGGAUCUCACGAUCGUAUCUACGAAGUCCAGAUCUCGUUGGUGGUAAUCGGUGUUGAUGAGUUCUUCUGGAUGGCAUACUUCAGCGAAGAUUCCUACUUCCGAAAAAAUGACCCGAUUUCGGAAUACCUCCAGGAUAAGACCGAUGGGCCAUCAUUUGGCCUGCGGCUGUGCAAGUUCCCCAUAUGGGAUCCAAGAUACUAUUUUCUUUCGAUUUUUUCUAUCCGAAUGGGCCAGGUGAAGAUGGAAUGGAGGGUGUUGGUGGAAACGGCGAGUAUUCGCUCGGCUAAGGCUCGCCAGGGCGAAAUCGACGAGGAUAACCUGGAUGGAUUCCUCGAGAACGAUCCAUCACUGCAGAAGACCAAAGAUUUUACGUGGACCCUGUGUUCCUUACGGCGCCUGCGAAACUCCCUGGCAAGGCUGAUCGCCGCCUGGGUGGCGUUUGACCGAAAUAAUAGUGUUUACUUUGAUUUAAACUCGGACGGAACCCUGGCUGCCAAGUUUCGGGAAUGUUUUUUGUCAUUGCGGCAAUCCACGGCAGAGCUUGGUAGUCUCCAGAUGAUCUUGGAACAGCGAAUUGAAACAAUGGAGAAGAUGUCCAGUGUUUUGGUAAAUGCCUCAUCAUUGGCAGAGAGCAUCACGGCCACUCGGCAAGGCGAUAAUAUCCGGCUGUUAACGUAUAUCACAAUCGUGAGCAAGAAACAGCCCUGA